AUUAUACAGACGAUCUGGAUGACGAUUUUGUAUCCGGUUCAGAACUUUAGAAAGAAUAAUAGCCAAGAAUAUGGCGGUAACAAUAAUUAUUUUAGUUCUUCACAGACACUAGAGUGUCGUAAAGCAAACAAUUUUGGGAUCAAAUAUUUAUCGGAUUUCUUAAAAGCAUCUAAAAUGCUCAAAUAUAUGUUAAGUCAACUUGUUGCUGAAUGUGAUAUGAGAGAAAGCCUUGCAAGUUCUUCAUAUGAAAUUUCG